AUGCCUCUGAUGAGCUCUCGUCCUGAUCCAUGCAGCGAAGUAAACUGUGGGAAAGGAUAUGUUUGCAAAGUUACUCACAAUCAGGCACAGUGUUUUCCAGAACCUCAGUCCUGCAAUACUUUCCAAUGCCAAGAAGGGAUGCUCUGUGCAAUAGCUGAUGGCUUGCCCAGAUGUGUUCCUUACCCAUCAUCUUGUCAUCAUGUCCAAUGCAAAGAAGGGACAAUUUGUAAUCUGGCAGAUGGCUUCCCUAAAUGUGUUCCAGUGCCACAAUCAUGUGCCUCCAUUCAGUGCAAAGAAGGUACCAUCUGUGCAGUUGUUAACAGUUGGCCUCAAUGUGUUCCAGUGCCUGUAUCCUGCCAAAACAUUCGAUGCAACCCAGGAAUGGUGUGUGCACUCAUGAAUGGCUGGCCCCAGUGUGUGCCCAACGAACCUUCCUGCCACAACAUCCAUUGCAAAGCUGGAACUGAAUGUCAGAUUGUUCAUGGCCAGGCUCAGUGCAUCCCAGCAUCUGCAUCAUGCAGUGACAUCCUAUGUGAAAAAGGAGCCAUGUGUGAGAUGGUCAAUGGCCGAGCAAAGUGUGUCCCAUUGCCACCAUCCUGCCUCCAUAUUGAAUGCAAGCAAGGAACUAUGUGUGAUAUGGUUGAUGGUUGGCCAGAAUGCAUUCCAAGGCCAGCUUGCAAAGAUUUAAAUUGUGAAGCUGGUACUGAAUGCAAAACUGUGAAUCACCUGCCCAGAUGCUUUCCUGUCUCACUGUCCUGUGACCAAAUUCACUGCAAGCCUGGGUCUGUAUGUGAACUAGCAGAUGGUAAGCCCUUAUGUGUGCCUAUCCCACCCUCUUGCAACAAGAUCCACUGUGAAGAAGGAACAAUCUGCGAGAUCCUUGAUGGUGUACCAAAAUGUGUGCCUGCCAUCAUCUCCUGUAACAAUGUACAGUGCCCAGUGGGAUCCAUCUGUGAAAUGAUCAACAAGUGGCCCACGUGCAAGCCUCUCCCACACACCUGUGGGAGUAUUGAGUGCAACAAAGGAACAGUCUGUGACAUCGUCAAUGGCUGGCCAACAUGCAUUCCAGGUGCACCAACAACUUGUGCAUCCAUUGUUUGCAAAGAGGAAGCUGUGUGUGAAAUGGUACAUGGCAUACCAACCUGUAUACCCACCCUGCUGUCUUGUGACAGAUAUAAGUGCAGAGAGGGAACUAUUUGUGAAGCUGUCCAUGGGUGGCCCAUGUGCAUACCUUUGCCAUCUUUGUGUCAGAAAAUAGAGUGCGCUCCAGACACUGUUUGUAAGAUAACUGAUGGCUGGCCUAAAUGUGUUCCAACCCCACCCACUUGUGACAGGCUUCAGUGUAAAGUGGGAACCAUCUGUGAAAAAGUAAAUGGCCAGCCUGUGUGUGUUCCACUCCCUCGCUCUUGUGAGCACAUCUAUUGCAAACAAGGGACAGUUUGUGAAAUUGUGGGAGAAUGGGCAAAAUGUGUACCGAUUCCCCCAUCCUGUGACAAAAUCCACUGCAGACAGGAGACCACCUGUAAAAUAAUUAAUCACUGGCCUCAGUGUGUCCCCCUCCCACCAACCUGUGACAAACUACACUGUGGAGAUAGCACUGUUUGUGAAAUUAUUGAUGACUGGCCCAUGUGUGUGCCUGUUCCACCUUCCUGUGAUAAAAUCCAGUGCAAAGAGGGAACGAUCUGUGAAAUGGUUGAUGACUGGCCCAAAUGUAGUCAAAUCUUGAACUCCUGUGAAAAAGUCCACUGCCAUGCAGGGACCACAUGUGAAAUAUAUGAUGGGCUUCCAAAAUGUAUUCCCACGUCCCCUUCCUGUGACAAUUUCCGUUGUCAAGAAGGGUUUAUCUGUCAGAUCAAUAAUGGAUGGCCAAAGUGUGUUCCUGGUCUCUCUGCUUGUCAAAAACUCAACUGCAGUGCUGGAACAAUAUGUGAGACAUUUCAUGGGCAGCCCAAAUGUGUCCCCAUCACAACUUCCUGUGCUAAUGUCAUCUGCAAGGAAGGAACUGUUUGUGAAGCCAGUCACGGUUGGCCCAGAUGUGUUCCCAUGUCACUCCCUUGUGAGAACUUCAAAUGCAGUGAAGGGACUGUGUGUGAGAUAUAUGAAGGGCGACCAAAAUGUCUCCCCAUCUCACCUUCUUGUAACAAUUUUCAAUGCAACCAUGGAGCAGUUUGUGAAAUCAGCCAUGGUUGGCCCAGAUGUGUUCCUAUCUCUCUUUCUUGUGAAAAUGUCAGGUGCGGUGAAGGAACUGUGUGUGAGAUUUAUGAAGGGCAGCCAAAAUGCCUUCUUAGAUCCCCCUCUUGUGACAAAUUCCAUUGUAAGAGUGGAACAGUGUGUCAAAUAAAUAAUGGUUGGCCACAGUGCGUGCCCAUCACACCUUCCUGUGGCCAGUUUCACUGUCCUGCUAGGACUAUCUGUGACAUGGCAAGUGGAUGGCCCCAAUGCACUCCCAUGCCAACGUCCUGUGAAAAUACCCAUUGUCAAAAUGGGACUAUUUGUCAAAUUAUAAAUGAUUGGCCCAAAUGCGUGCUCCCUACCCAUUCAUGCCAGACAAUUCAAUGCUGGGAGGGAACUGUUUGUAGCAUUGUGAAUGGUUUACCUACAUGUGUCCCUGCUGUAUCUCCCCAAGCGAUGUGUUGGGCCUCUGGUCAGCCCCACUAUCACACUUUUGAUGGACGCAGCUUUGAUUUCCAAGGUACUUGUGCUUAUACGGUGGUUAAGAUCUGCAGCACCAGCUCCAAGCUGCCAUUCUUUCACAUCUUCACCAAGAGUCAGAAGAGUUCACCAUUCUCUUUCAUCAGUCACGUCACCCUCACCAUCUACAACUCCAGCAUCACCAUGAUCAAGCAUGAAUAUGGCCUUGUCAGAAUCAACCAGGUACGUUCUCGUCUGCCUAUACGUUUACAUGAUGGGAUGGUCUCCUUAUACCAUCGGGGGAACCAACUGGUUAUUGAAACACAGUUUGGUCUGAAGGUUUACUAUGACUGGAACUAUUAUCUAGUGGUGAAGGUCACUCCUGCUUUUCGGAGUCAAAUCUGUGGCCUUUGUGGCAACUACAACGGAGAUCCCAAUGAUGACUUUGCUACACCUUCGGGAGGCUUGGCCAUCAGUGCUGUGGAAUUGGGCAAAAGCUGGAAAGUGGAAGAUGGAGAUAUUGCUUGCAGACAUGGCUGCCAUGACACAUGCCUGCAGUGUUCUGCAGAGUUAGCAGCCAGAUACAAUGCAGAAACUUUAUGUGGCAUGAUCACUAAACACAGAGGUGGUCCUUUCCAUCGCUGCCAUUCCUUGAUUGAUCCCAACCCAUAUUUGGAUGACUGUGUAAUUGAUUUAUGUUCCUUUGAGGGUUACAAGCAGAUCUUGUGUCGAGCCCUGAAGACUUACGCCGAUGCUUGUCAAAGAGAAGGGAUGGCAAUAUCUGCCUGGAGGAAACGUGCUGGCUGCCCCUUGAUUUGUCCUGAUCACAGCCAGCACAUGGCCUGUGGCACAGCAUGUCCUGCCACUUGCAGCAACCCUGAUGCUCCAAAGAAAUGCCAUCUGCCCUGCAUGGAGACCUGUCAGUGCAAGCCUGGCUAUGUGCUUGAUGGUGGUAAAUGCAUUCCCAAAGACCAAUGUGGCUGUAUCUAUCACGGUCAGAUCUAUGCUCCCAAUGAGCAGUUCUGGGGUGAUCACCAGUGUCAUCAGCAGUGUGUAUGCAUUCCACAAGACAGGAAGGUGGUCUGUCACAGUUCCACUUGCAGGGAAGGAGAGGGGUGCUAUGUGGUUGAUGGCAUAAGAAAAUGUUACCCAAUUUUCUAUGGGACCUGCACUGCCCUGGGCCAAUUGCAUUAUAUCACCUUUGAUGGAUUGCACUAUGACUUCUAUGGAACUUGUGUUUAUCGUUUGGCUGAACUCUGCUACAAGUUAGGAAACCUCACUCAGUUCCAAGUCCUGGUUCAGCACCAAAGACAGGGAUUCAAGAACCCAGCUGCCACCAAAGUUCUUGAGGUCCAUGUUUAUGGGAUGGCAGUGCUUGUCAGCCAUAGCAAAGUCUUGGUGAAUGGCUUACUGACCAACUUGCCCUACAGCAUGGACUAUAACAAAAUUUCCCUCUACCGCCUGGGAUGGGAUAUCGUUAUCAUGACAGAUUUUGGUUUAAUGGUCACCUUUGACAUGAAGAAUAAUAUUCGUAUCACAGUGCCAGGAAGCUACAGGGAAAGAACAUGUGGCCUAUGUGGCAAUUUCAAUGGGAGAGUAGACGAUGACAUGCUACAACAAACUGGAGUACUGACAACUAAUCCAGGGGAGCUUGGCAGAAGCUGGAAGAUCCGGGAUAUCCCAGGAUGCCUCGAGAAAGAGAGAGAAUCCUGUGUGGACAUGGUGCAUUUGGAGCACACACAGAGAAUGAGUAGGGAGUGUGGCCUCCUCCUAGUUGCAAAUGGCCCUUUCAAGAUGUGCCACAGCAAGGUGCCACCUCAGCCGUACUUUAAUGACUGUGUCUUUGACUAUUGUUCGAAUAAGGGUGACAAGAAUGUCAUCUGUCACGUUAUUUCCUCCUAUGCUGCAGCUUGCCAAGCAUUAGGGAUCAAGAUUUCAGGGUGGAGGUCCAUCAACUUUUGCAAACCUGACUGCCCCACAAAUAGUCAUUAUAAAGUCUGUGCCAGCAACUGCCCUGUGACAUGUCACAGCCUCUUUAACCCAGUUCUCUGCACUGUUAACUGUCAUGAGGGAUGUGAAUGCAACCAAGGUUUUGUUUUGAGUGGUGACCAGUGUGUUCCCAUCUCGCAAUGUGGCUGUGUCCACCAAGGUCUCUACUACAAGACGGGUGAGUCUUUCUAUGUCAAUGGAUUCUGCAAGGAGCAAUGCAUUUGCCAUGUUGGUGGUAUCAUGGACUGUCACCAUUCCUCCUGCGGACACCAUGAGGCGUGCCGCGUGGUGGAUGGCAUCCAGAAGUGCCACUCACUUGCUCCCAAGAAGAGUGGGACUUGUCAUGUAGCUGGAGACCCACAUUAUAUCACCUUUGAUGGCUCCACGUUUGACCUUCAGAGCAACUGCACUUAUACACUGGCAAGAAGCUGUACACAUCACGAUUCCGUUCCAUCCUUCUCAGUCAACGUACAAAAUGAAAGGCGGUCCAGGGGUAAAAUCUCUGUAACAAAAGUUGUAUCUAUCACAGCCUACCAAAACACCAUUUCCAUCUUGCGGGAAAAGAGAGGCAUUAUCCUGGUGAAUAGUGCAAUGACCUACUUACCUUUCCGCCUUGAAAGCGAUGGUAUGUGGGUCUACUAUCAUGGAGACAACAUCGUGCUUCAGACAGACUUUGGCUUGUUUGUCUCUUUUGAUCAACUUUACCACCUGAUCGUCCAGGUGCCUGAGGCUUAUCAGGGCCAGAUGUGUGGUUUAUGUGGUAAUUACAAUGGGGAUGCCCUUGAUGACAUCUCUCUGCCCACUGGCCGGCCAGCCAUGAGUGUGCAAACCUUUGCAGCUGCUUGGAAAGUAGAUGUUCCCCCUGCUGCCUGCGCAGAAGAUUGUGCUGCAGUAGUGUGUGGUGCGUGUCAAGAGAGCCGGAAGGCCAGCUACAUGCACAGCACCCAGUGUGGCAUUUUGCAGUCUCCCUAUGGACCUUUCAGUGCUUGCUAUUCUACCAUCAACCCUACGGACUUCUACAACAAUUGUGUGCAUGACCUCUGCAAGGCAAGAGGGAACCCAGUGAUUCUCUGCCGAGCUCUCCAUGGCUAUGUUGCCGCUUGUCAAGCAGCUGGUGUUCAGAUCAAACCCUGGAGGACAGCAAACUUCUGUCCUAUGAAAUGCCCGGCCAACAGCCACUAUGAACUCUGCACCCGGGCUUGUCCCAGUAGUUGCAAAGAGGCAAAGAGCAUUACUAAGUGCCCCAACUACUGUACUGAAGGCUGCCGGUGCAGAAAGGGCUAUUUUAUGGCUGCGUACCACUGUGUCCCCAUCAGUCAAUGUCGCUGCUUCCACAAAGGCAUGUGGUUUAAGGGUGGAACUCCAGUGAUCACAGCCAAUUGCAUGGAGAAAUGCAUUUGUCAACGUCAAGGUCAACUGACAUGCACUCCAUUCCCAUGUGCAGCUGGAGAAACAUGUGUACUGAAAAAUAGCAAAUGGGACUGUGUCCGGAAGGAGGGCCACUGCACCAUUGCCCAUGAACACAUCUUCACCUCUUUCGAUGGAGUAUCUGGAAAGCUUCCAAAUGAUGGGGCCUUUGAAAUCACAGCACUUGUCAAUGCUAAGUCAGAAUCUUGGUUCCGGGUGGUGGUGCAGGUGAAGAAAUGUCCCCAGUGCGCUACACCUAGUGUGGUCUCUGUCACUGUCUAUUUCCACAAGCUGAUUGUGCUGGUGAAUAAGGAUACUUCAGUCUUGGUGAAUGGGCAUCCUGUGCAUCUCCCAGCUCAACCUUCCAAGGAAGUGUCAGUAACCUUGGUCCAAGACGUGGUGGUAGUGACACAUGAAUCAGGUGUACGGGUUCUCUAUAGUACUGGUGGUGACGUAACAGUGGCAAUCAGUGCAACACUGGCCAACAAAGUGUUCGGAUCCUGUGGGAACUUCAAUGGCAAUGGUGCAGAUGACCUGAGGCUUCCACAUGGUAGGAUGGCCCCCACCAUUACUGAGGUCCUCAACCAUUGGAGAGUCAGAACAGGAGUACAGCAUGGUAUGUAA